UACUGACAAGUGUAAAGACAAAAGAAUCAUCGAAUGACAUUGUUUCCCCCUCCCUCUCUCGACAUCCUCAAUGAGUGUGUGGUAGGGGAAAGAGCAGCAUCUCGUUUCCCGCGCAAUUGCAUUGAAAGAGCUGACGACCUGACAACGUAAAUAGUUUUUGGAAGGCUGCAAUUUUUCUUAUUUGGUUGUGAAUUGCUUAGCCCAUUUGCGAAGUUUCUGUGAAGAUUGCUGGAAAUUUUAAAAGGGGUGCCCUUCCAUAAGUCAAAAUCGAAACAAGAAAUUAAGUCAAUUUAAAAGGAGACGGUAGCAAAAAGUAGGUGACUGAAAAUGUCAAGCCCUCCAGGAUCUCCUGGUAAUGCGCCUCGAACACCACGUCCAUCUACGCCUAGGAGAGCUCAGCAAACCCCAGGGAGGAGCAGAGAAACGCCUCGCACCCCUCGCACAAGAGCCACUCCUGCAAGAGGAGAAGGCACCCCUCGCACAAGAGCCACUCCUGCAAGGGGAGAAGGCACCCCUCGCACAAGAGCCACUCCUGCAAGGGGAGAAGGCACUCCUCGCAGAGCUUCCAGGACUUUGCCUACAAUCGAUGAGGGAAAUGUUGUUAUGGACUCGGACCCAUAUUCAUUGGCACCUUCCUCCAAUAUUAGCUUAAAUCCUACAAGCCCUUUCCCAGGUGGGGUCAGCGAGAUAGAUUUGAGCUCUCCAUUAAAUUAUGGUACUCCGGGCUCUAAUGCUCUUGGAACUCCACGAUCAGGAAUUCGUGGGACACCAAUCCAUUCUCGACCAAACAUAAGAACUGAUAAGCGAAUUCGGCAAGUUAACAUAAAUUCUGAUCCUCAAGUGGAUGCCUCGCAGGAUGUGUCAAGUGUUGUUGGGUCUGCAUCUGAAGCUGAGCCACCACCACCACAGCUUGUUAUUUGGGGAACAGAUGUCGUUGUUAGUCAAUGCAAAGAAGAAUUUAAACAGUUUAUUCGGGAAUUUAGAGAAACUAAUAUUGAAGAAGACGAGAUGUUGGAAGGCAUGGAUAGUAGUCGACCGCUGUACAUGCAGAAGUUGGAAGAGAUUCGAGCUCUGGAUGACCCUUACUUAAAUGUUAAUUGUGCUCACUUACAAGCAAAAGCUCCUGACAUGUAUCGUCAGCUUGUUUGUUAUCCUCAAGAAGUCAUACCAACCUUUGACAUGGCUAUAAAUGAAAUGUUUUUUGAGGAAUAUCCUGGAGCAGAGCUUAAUCACCAAAUUCAAGUGAGACCUUACAAUGCUAUGAAAACCAAAAACAUGAGAGCACUCAAUCCAGAAGAUAUUGAUCAAUUAAUUACCAUAAGUGGUAUGGUUAUUCGUACUUCAAAUAUAAUUCCUGAGAUGCGUGAAGCUUUUUUUAAAUGUGUUGUGUGUGGUUUUACAACAGUUGUAGAACUUGAUCGAGGUCGAAUUGCAGAACCAACGCUUUGCACAAACUGUAACACAAAUCAUUGCUUCUCUCUUGUUCACAAUCGUUCACAGUUCACUGAUAAACAGAUUGUUAAAUUGCAAGAAUCACCAGAGGAUAUGCCAGCAGGUCAAACUCCUCACACUGUUGUUGCCUUUUCAUAUAAUGAUUUAGUGGAUUCUGUUCAAGCUGGAGAUAGAGUGACAGUAACAGGCAUUUACAGAGCAAUUCCUUUGCAAGCAAAUCCAAGGAUGAGGAAUGUUAAAUCAGUUUAUAAAACACACAUCGAUGUUGUCCAUUUUCGCAAAGUGGAUAAUAAACGUCUCUAUGAAGUAGAGGAAGGGAAAGACCACCGGUUCACCCCUGAAAGGAUUGAAUUGUUGAAGGAACUGUCAAAAAAAGAUGACAUUUAUGAGCGUUUAGCUAAUGCUAUUGCACCUUCAAUUUAUGAAAAUGAAGAUAUAAAGAAGGGAUUACUGCUACAAUUGUUUGGAGGGACCAAAAAGGCAUUUACCAACUCUGGAAGAGCUCAUUUCAGGGCAGAAAUCAAUGUCUUGCUCUGUGGAGAUCCUGGUACUAGCAAGUCCCAGCUUCUCCAGUAUGUGUACAAUCUCUUACCUCGCAGCCAAUACACUUCAGGUAAAGGAUCUUCUGCUGUUGGUCUCACAGCAUAUAUAACAAAAGACCCUGAGACCCGGCAAUUGGUAUUACAAACGGGAGCCUUGGUUCUUGCUGAUAAUGGUGUAUGUUGCAUUGACGAGUUUGACAAAAUGAAUGACUCAACACGCAGUGUCCUUCAUGAGGUGAUGGAACAACAAACUUUGAGCAUUGCAAAAGCUGGAAUUAUUUGUCAACUGAAUGCCCGGACCUCUAUUCUUGCAGCUGCAAAUCCUGUUGAAUCUCAAUGGAAUAAAAACAAGACAACCGUAGAUAAUGUUAUGUUGCCACACACCCUUCUAUCUCGGUUUGAUUUAAUAUUUUUAAUGUUGGACCCGCAAGAUGAACUAUUUGAUCGCAGAUUGGCUCGGCACUUAGUGUCCCUGUAUUAUAAGACCAGCGAUUGUGAAGAUGAUGAAGUUAUGGAUAUGAAUAUAUUACGUGAUUACAUUGCAUACGCACGUGAACAUGUGCACCCAAAACUAAGUGGUCUUGCCUCACAGCGACUCAUUCAGGCAUACGUAAAUAUGAGAAAGAUAGGAAGUGGACGUGGUCAAAUUACAGCAUACCCUCGACAAUUAGAAUCUUUAAUUCGUCUUGCAGAAGCUCAUGCCAAAGUGCGCUUCUCAGACACUGUUGAAAUUGACGAUGUUGAGGAAGCUUGGAGGUAUUUUCCUUUUUUAUUUAAUUCAUACUGGUUUUCAGUAGAAUUUUUGAAAUUUUGUAGAUUGCAUCGAGAAGCUUUAAAGCAGUCUGCUACAGAUCCUCUAUCUGGUAAAAUUGAUGUUAAUAUAUUAACAACUGGCAUGAGUAGUGCUGCUCGAAAGAGGCGUCUUGAGAUUGCCCAAGCACUUCGGAAGUUAAUUGAAAGUAAAGGAAAGGCUCCUACACUCAAUUACCAAAAAAUUUUCACAGAAUUCAAGGAAGGCAGUGAUUUAAUGAUAACGAGAGAACUAUUUGAAGAUGCUGUGAAAGAUCUCCAAGAUGAUAAUGUUUUAAUUCUCGUUGGCAAAAAUACAAUAAGAGUGUGUUAAACAAUGGAAUUAUGGAACUGCUGAUAACAGCUUAUUUUUAAGAACUGGAAUUUUUUUCCUGAAAUUACUUGAACAUUUGAUUAAUACAUCUUUAUAUUAUAAAAUUUUGUUCACAUUUUCUAUGCAUUAACAAUGUCAUGUUUAUUAUACUAAAAAGAAGUAGGUAAUAAGUGUUAAAAAACGUGCAUGCAUUUUAAUAAAAAAAUAAAAAAUAAAUGAGAUGUAAAGGUUCUAUAUGUAUAUUGUUUAGAAACAAAAGGAGCCAUUAGCUAUCUCAAUAUCUGCUCUGAAAAAUCAUGGGGACAAAAAUAAUAAAACUCAAUUUCGAAGCUGUGUACAGAUACAAUAACAAUGUUUACACCUUUGAAUAAAAUUAUGAAACUCUCCAUUAAUACUAUUGUUAAGGAAAUGUACUAAAUGUUCUUUAUGAACAGAGUACACGGAAAAAGUAAUGACUAACCUUAGGGAAGGAUUUGGUGAUGUAGCUUUGCACAAGGUUUAUUUAUAUAACAAUUUGCAAGACCAUAAUGAUGAAUUUUAUUUCAUAUUCUUACAAGUAUUCAGUCAAGCAUUUGGAAUGUUUUUAGACAAAUUGUGUUUUGUAAAUAGAAUGGUGAAACAGAACUUGACAUUGCACACUUAAUCAUGUACAGCAGGAUAUGAAUAAUGCUUAUAUUCUAUUCAAAAGUUGACUAGGCCACAGAUCCCCCACAAAAUUCUAUGUAUCUGACAGGUCCAAGAAUAAAUAAAAUUACGUAACACAAUAUGGAAUGGUACAAAAAUACAAGCCAUUCAAAAAAAUAUAUGAAAUGUACUAAAUACCACUCUAACACAGCAGUUAUGUAGUCCCCAUAUGUAUUCAGCUGCAUAAUUAUUUUUUUAUGUGGGAAUAAAAGUGACCACACUAUUUCCUACAUUUGUCAUGGCCUUCAUUAUUGUCAUGGAGAAAAAAUAACGUGAAUAGUGAGUAAUUGUGAAUAGUUUUACUGAAGUGUUCAUACCAUCAAGCUUUUGAAUAAAGAUUUUUUUUGUGAGGAAAAAAAAAGUAUACAUAAAAGGCAAGUGGUUCCCCCUCCAUAACCUUAAAAAAAACAUUGUCAAAUAUCUCUUUCCACUAUACAUAUGAGAAAACUGAAUGUAAUGUUGAUGCACUCUGCCAAUUCAAUUUUUAUUAUGCUUCUCAUGAGAAUGUGAAAGUGAGUAUAGAUAGUCCACUAAAUUACAAUAUCUAAUCCAAUUUGAAGCUAACAACAUACUAGUAAAUCUGAAUUUGUACUGUGGAAAUGCCUGAACAGAAUGAGUUUGCAGUCCUGAAAUGACCAUUAUAAAACUACUGUCUGGCAAAGCGAAAACUUGUUCCUGAAACCUAUUUUAAUAACAAUCCUAAUGAAAAUCAGCUGUAGCCUUUUUGUCCAUGGAAUAAUGAAAUUUGUAUAUGGGCUUUAAAUCUCACAAGGGCACAUGGAUUUAAUCAGUCAGGGAACACUCCUCUUUGAAAUACCAUCUCCAAUGAGAUUCCUAGCAAUACAAAUUAGAUCUUCACCUUUAAUUAGUACAUAGUGAUUUGUGGCUCUUAGUUCAGGUGCUGCAGUAAGCAGCAAAAAACAUUUUAAAAGGUUUCAGUGUAGGAUCAUAUGAUAGACAAAAUUAUUAAUUGGAUGAGUAGUUCUGCCUGAAUUUAUUAUUAACAUCUAAACUUAUUUUAACAAAAUAAAGAUUAAUUCUAAAUUUCAGUCUAAUUUACCCUGACAUUAAUGGGAAAUCAGAAAUGUUAAAAAUAAAGAUUUUCAAAAUUUAAUUAGGUUUUCUCUAACAUGAAAAAUCACGUUAGUAUGACUUCAAUAAAACAAACUUUAUAUUUUUUUUUCUAAAUUAACAAAUCCUCUACACUCUUUGACAUAAAGGCAAUGUCAUGAAAAUAAAUUAGCCAAGGAAUCACGAUACUGAAUUUCAACAGAAAUGUUACAAUAUAUGUUCAAAUUGCAGUGAAUUGUAAACACACCUAGUUAAUAGCUGCAUUCAAUUUGGGGGAGUUUAAAAUUCAAUUCUCUCUAGAAAAAAUAUGGCAGAAGCCCGACUGUCUAAGUUCUGCACUAUAUUGAAGUCGAAAAUUUAAUUUGUUUCUUUUUUCUGACAUAUUGAAUCCCUUGUGACUUUUUCAAUACUGCAAUAGGUAAUGAUAGUUUUUUGCCUUAGCAUAAAGCCCAUGUGAAUCAUUUCAAUGACUGAUUGUUCCAUAAACAAAGACAUACUAAAAUUGUAAACGGAACACAUUUAUGAUUAUUUUCAACUACAGACAAUUAAAAAGAAACAUGAAACAUUAAAAUCAGUCUAAUAUGUGACAAAAGCUUGUCUUAAAAUAACACUCAAAAACCUUAUUUGUUAGAAACCAGUCAGUCAGUAGUCUCAAAAUUUCUAUUUUAUUCUAAAAAUUUCAAGAACUUUAAAGUACAUAAUACUUUUAUAUGAUUUCUAACUCUUUCUUUCAAAGGUGCUUCCCUGCUUCACAUGCACCAACACUCGAUUAAAUCUUGUUUGAAUACCUACACUGAUUUCUGAACCUUCCCUAAAAUAGACAAAUUAUUACAAUUACUAAUAAUGUUUCCCGAGAUAAACAGCUAACCUAAUCACUCCACAAACAUUGAAAGUUGUAGUGAAGUGGUUACUUUAGGAGAUGCAAAGAGGUUUCAAAUCGUAGCACAAUUCACAAAAUUAAGUACUUCAUCGCAAAUAUACCAACUUCCUUUGGUAAAGUAUUAUUUUCCAGCAUUAUUUAGGCACAAAACAUUGGAAUUCAUAAUUUAAAUUCAACAAACAUGAUUUACUGAAUUAAAUUGCAACAUAUUUACACACAAUAAAAUUCAGUUACAUAGUAUACAUCUCGUCAGUCAAUUUUUGACUUUUUAAAUAUGUAAGGCAAGUCUUAAAGGCGGUAAAUUAAUAACUGCUUCAAUAUGGAAUCACUACUUUUUCUCCGACAAACCCUUAUUACAUUUGGUGAUAUUUUCAAUUUACAAUUUCACAUUAAAACAAAACAACAACAGGAUUUUAAUUUCCAUUUAAGUUUCUUGAACAAAAUACUAAAUAUUUGUAACAAGAAUAUUUUAUGUUCAAACAAAUACCCUGUAAACAGGUGUAAAGUUAAAAUGAUUGCCCAAGUGGCACUGAAAUUUGUGACAUAAUGCAAUGAAUGUGAAAAGUUACCAUGGUUACAACAAAUCACUGCAAAAACUCAAAAAAGUAUUGGUACAUUCUUAUCCUUUUUUCAUGUACAAGUCUCCUCCAAAAUGAAGUCAAGGCAAUGGUGGUAUUAAUUUCAUAAAUUAAAAGAGUUGCACACGGCUUUACAUCAUUUACUUGGACAGGUGAUCAAUGUAAUCCAACAAGCCUUGUAAACGCUUUUUUACUCUCUUCUGGUCAUCUAAGGUGCAACCUAAUAUAGCACUUUCAAAGUUUUUAUCAGCCGACUCGUGAUGUUGAGAAGAACAAGCAUUCAUGAAUGCAAUGCAGCGAGUUUUUGUUCCAAAUGGAUCUGCCCGGAGAGUCACUACAAGUCCAUCAAUAAAACUGUUUACUUGAUGGAGAGCCUCCUCCUGUGUCCCAUCUCUAGUAGUUUUAACAGAUACAUCAACAGUCAAACAUCUAUUCCCAAUAUGUUCAGCAUAUUGUUGAAUUUCCUCUCUGUCACCUUCUGUCAAAUCAAUCAUCAUUUCUGAAUUUCUAAGGGUAUCAAGAGUAGUCAGAAGAGUAUCUUUUUCCUCUUCUAAUUUCAAUGCAUCUCUUCGUAAUCUUUCAACAUGCAUUUCCACUUGGUCCAACAAAUCUACUAACCUCUCUUUGGGAGAUUUCUGUGGACUUCCAGGGUUUGAAUCCACAAUUUGAGUUUGAGGAACACCUGAAUCUUCAUUUGAUUGAAAAUUAUCCACAUCCAUUUUAAUUCUUGGUGCUGCUGGUCACUUGACGCAAAGGAACAGUACUCAAAACUACUAAAUGAUUUGAGGAUUGAUAAUUUGAUAAGGAUUGAAAAUUAAGCCGAUCAUUCACAUGUGGAGGCUGACUCACCACGUUUCAGACUACUGCACACCAAUAGUUCGUUUUCUAGAUGUCUCUACUGUCUUGGCAACCUCUAACCACAUCCAAUAACCGCAAUACAAAAAUAUUACAGUGGCAACAAUUCAAGAGGUCCAACUUCAUUCGAAUGCCCCAAAGAAUAGCAGCUUGCCCCAAUCAGUGUUUGGAAUUUCGAGCCGCUUUUCCAUUGUUUUAUAAGAAAGAGAUAAUAAAGUAGAACUCGUAUCAAGUUAAUGAUACAAUAAUGAAAUUAUUACUCGAGAGUAACGAUCCACUCAAUCACGCCCAGAUGCAAUUUUUUUAUGGCAUUCCUUAUUAGAACAAUUGAUAACAAAUAAUUGUAGAAUUGACUCAACUGCCUCAUACCAACCGACUCAUUUUGAAAAUUAAUACCACCCGUGCAGAAUCGUAGUCACGCCUGGCCGUGGCCAGUGG